AUGAACACACAUGUUGUCAAUGAACCAAUAGAAUUUAACACUCAUGAUAUCGCGGAGCCUAGCAGGAACUCAAGUAACCAAACGUCUGGAUCAACCACAAAUUCAUCUACAAACUCGUCCGGUGCUAUCUCCCCUAGGGAAGAGUAUGUUGAUAACAGUGCGCAUAGAGAAGAGAAUGUUGUUUCCGGCUCCCGUAGAGAAGUUCCCCUUGAAAAGUAUGAUUUAAGGAAGAAUGCCUACGUAUUGGUGUUACACCAUUACAUGUUUCGUGAUUCCACACACAACAGAGAGGGCAGUGAAAAAGAUAUGGCAAAGAUUGAAAGGUUUUUUCGUGAUUAUCGUGCUGACCAGCUCAAUGUGAAGGAGAACCAAACUGCUGCCGAUGUACGCUCCAUAAUGGAUGGAUUUUUGCACCACAAUUUCACCAACAAUAGCUGUUUGAUAAUCAUCAUAAUGAGCCAUGGAGUAGAGAGCGAUCGAAUCGAGGCUUAUGAUGGUGAGACGUACUGCUUCGAGGCGGAUAUUGUGGAGAAAUGCACUUUAAAUCGAUCGCUCGAUGGCAAACCGAAACUCUUCAUCGUGCAAGCAUGUCGGGGAGAUUCAACAAUGACAACGGAUUCGAAGAAAACCCAGAGCAAGAAAAGUGAUGUGUUGACUUUUCAAAGCACAUAUAAAGGAUUUUUCGCCUACCGUCACGAACAAAAUGGAUCGGUUUUCAUUCAAAAUUUCUUCAAGCUGUUGGAUCAACAUCGAGACGAAGACAUUUGUCACAUCAAUCAGCACCUUAAUAAUGUUUUCGAACGGGAAAGAAUUCCCCAAAAUCCCACCAUGACCAGCACCCUCAAGAAGCGAUUGAUCUUUGGUGACCUACGCAGAGCUUGA